CGUGAGAUAGUGAGGUGUAUCACAGAGUGCGUUCCUGGGCCUCAUGCUUUUCUCAUUGUUCUUAAAGUGGAGAGAUUCACAGGUCAUCACCAAAAUAAUCCAAUACUUUUCUGAAGAAAUCUUCAAAUAUGCAACAGUUGUCUUCACUCAUGGUGACCAGCUCCCUGAAGGACAGACAAUUCAGGAUUUUGUCAGUCAGAAUAAGUUUGUGAAUGAUCUGGUGGAGAAGUGUGGUGGGAGGUGCCAUGUCAUUGAUAAUAAACACUGGAACGAAAACCCAAAGGAUGAAUACAGGAGCAACCAGUUCCAGGUGGAGGAGCUACUUAAGUCCAUAGACAAGAUGGUGAUGGAAAACAAUGGAAGCUGCUACACCAAUGAGAUGCUUCAAGCAGUGGAGGAGGAAAUACAACAAGAGGAGGAGCACAUUAGACUGUUACCAGGAAACAUGUCAGAGGAAGAGAUCAGAGAGCAGGCUAAGCGCAGAGUAUUUGGGAAGCUUUUGACCAGACUGGCAGGUACUGCAACAGGUGCAGUGUUAGGAGCUUUGUUUGGUGUAGUAGUGAUGGUUAAACUAGUUGUCAAACUUGUAAAGGAAACAGACAUUCCAAAAGCCGCCAAAGCAGCCGCAGCUGUAGGAACAGCUGUAGGAACAGCAGCUGCAGGAGAAACAGCAGUAUGUAUAGCAUCAGCAGCAGCAGCAGCAGCAGUUAUAGGUAGUGCUGUAGUGGGAGCGGUGAAAGGAGGUGUUGAAGGAUAUUAUGCAGCUGAGGGAGCAGACACAGUGUUGGAAGCAGUAAAGAGAGCAGCAGAGGCUGUGAAGAAUGAAACCAUAGCUAUCUCAGAAACACUCUCACAGCCAAAGUCAAAACAGUUUUAACCCAUAAUGAGCCAUGAUUUGUGAAGGGGGAGAUCAUUAAUUAAUAAUUUAAAAGGUUUAUCUUCUUGUAGAUUGAAAAUUGAAAAUAGUGUUCUAAACAAAGAGCUGAUGAUGUAUAUUAAUAUGUAAUAUGUUGUACUUUUUUCUGUUCUUGUCUUCAAUCACUUAUUCUAAGUUACCAUUAUUUUGUGAGACAGGCCUGCUGAUCUCCUGAAAAAAAAAUAGUUGUAGUUCUUUGUAGAUUACAAUAUAUAUCACCAAGGCAAAUAUUAACAACUUUUAGUGUCUCCUGGUAUCAAUGUUCACCGUCCUUUAAUCCUCAGUUUUUUUCUCUGCACUUCAUGGUCUUCCAGAUGUAAAAUUACUUUUACCUCUUGUUCUUGUGGACAUAAAAAUCUAAUUCAAAUGUUUAGGGUUAGUUUAUAUUGUUGUAAGUUAAUAUAUUCAUGUAGACAUAAGAUGUUUCUUCUUUUCAUGUUCACCUUUAUUAUGUUAUAUUAUGAAACUGAAACCCUGCAAAAAUGAUUG